ACCGGGGGAACCACAAACAGUUGCCAAACGCCCGUAGCAUCGCGACGGGAGUUACGUCGUCGCCGCCGUUUCACCCAACGGGGUCGAUUUUUUUCUUCGCGUUUUUGUUUAUCGUUUCGCCAACGAAAGAGUAAGAAAUACAAAAUUACAAUUCGUUGUGUGGUGCGUGUUCGCGAUGAGUUAAUAACAAUAGUUAUAUCACAAUAAACGUCGCCGUAUCGGUCCACGCAGGUGUGCGUGUGCGCGUGUAGGUAUAAUACAAUAUUACAGGCAGUGUUUGAAAGAUUAAAAUAAACCGCGGAAAAAGGAUGACGAGACGCGAUGCCGAGAAAAAGCGAAAAGGGCGACGACCAUCGACCGUGUGAAUAUUUGGCGGCGAAUAGAGUGCCCCUCGCUUGCACCUGUGCCUAUGCCGGUCCUGUGCGCGGCGAAUAGUAUGUACGACUUUCGGUUGGCGUCGGUGUUGUUGGCGACGGUCGUCGUCGCGGUCGGCGCAAUCAUCGGCGGCGAGUUGUCGGCCGUCGAAAAAUCGUUGCAGUUUGAAGCGGCUUUCCAAGGACGUUGUGGCCACGAUAGUCCAUGUGAACAACUAUGUUACGAGCUCCAUGACGGAAUGUUCGAAUGCGAUUGCAAAACAGGAUUUUCAUUACAUGAAGAUGGCUAUACUUGCACAAGAAACGAUUCAGUAACAGAUAAGAUCAAAGAGUUCGAAAGAGAUAUUGGACUGACGUUUGUCGAUUCCAACGAAGUGGAUUCUGAGGACAGCGUUCGGUUUGUAAAGCACGUCGAAACUCAAACAUUCGUUGCCACAGGCUCACCGGCUUUGUGCGUGCGGAAGUGCGGUGAAGGCGCGUGCGCGUUCGAUAGCCGAAACAAACAGACUUGCCGAUGCCCGUUUGGUAAAACCGGAUCUAACUGCCAGAUAACAAAUCCAAUUAGAUACCCAAGAUUCAAUGGACGUAGUUGGUUGGCAUUCCCGCCACUCCGGGGAGCUUACAAACACGUGCAGAUAAGUUUAGAAUUCAGACCAGAGAGCUGGGAUGGUAUAUUGUUUUUAGCUGCUGAAAGAGAUGAUUUAGUAGGAGAUUUCAUGGCUAUUCUACUUCACAAUGGAUUUUUGGAAUUUAGGUUUGAUUGUGGAUCUGGUUUGGGAGUAGUUAAAUCUGAAGAAACAGUUAUUUUGAAUCAAUGGAAUACGCUGUCUGUGUAUAGACAUAGGUGGGAUGCGUGGAUCCAAUUAAAUCGUGGAAAACGUAUUGCUGGGAGAUCAAAAGGUUUAUUCUCGAGAAUUACGUUUCGAGAGCCUGUCUUUAUCGGCGGUCGAGGUAAUACGUCUGGGCUAGCUGAACGGUUCCCAACAGACCGUGGAUUCGUAGGUUGUGUUCGGCUGUUACAAGCCAAUGAUCACAGAUACGAUUUUGGUGAAACACCUGCUGGCGAUACAGUCAAAUCUCAAGAAGUCGAGGAAUGCUCUACGGACAAGUGUACAAGAUCUCCCUGUCAACACGGUGGCAAGUGCGUAACAACCACAAAUUCGUCACUAUGUCUGUGCCCUCUUGGUUACACUGGAGAUUUAUGCGAAACGAUAUUGGACUUACAGGUAAAUAUCACAAAAAUAAUAUCACAAUAAUAAUACUCACAUCAU